AGAGGGCGGCUCGAGAUGGAUCGUGAUAUUUGGACGAGCGACAAUCCGAGCGCGAAGAGGUUGUCCACGGAAUACUCGGGGAUCGACGACAACGACGAUCAUCGUCCAACGAAGUGCAACGAGGAGGAGGGGACACAGAUUCCCAGAGGCGAUCCCGAGCAAACGCUCGAGGACCAGGCGGCUGUCGAGUACUUCCUCGUGGACGACUCGCCGAUGGCGAGGUUCAGUCGGUGCAUCAAGUGGAUCUACGAGAAAUUACCAGUGGGCGGGGGUGGUGCUGUGCUGGUGCUCAGCGAGCUUGAAAGCAUGGCAGCCAGGCAACAGCGGGAAAUUGCCCAGCAAAGGCGCCUCCUGGAGCAGAGGGAGGCCCGUCUAGCCGUGCUUCGAGGCGCACAGGAGCCAGCACAGCAGGACAAACUCGCCAGAUUGAGGCACAGGUUGGACCAACAACAAAGCAAACUGAAUCGGUUGCGAUUACUCAGGUCGCAGACCGACCAGUCACGUGCCAACAACGCCACGCUGACCUCGGACCUGGACUGCAUAAGGGCGCUGUUCAACGAGAAAGAGAAGGAGCUCUCAUUGGCGGUGGCGAAAGUGGAGGAGUUGACGCGACAACUCGAGGAGUUGCGGGGCAGGCAGAACGCGGCCGGGACCGGAAGCGGAGGUGGAGGCGCCGGAGGCGUCGGCGGCGGAGGCGUUGGUGGCGGUGGCGGCGGUGGACACUUGUCGACGCCAGCCAGCGCGGAGCUCGAAAAACUCAGGAGGGAGCUUAUUUAUCGUAAUAAGAUGAACGAGCAGCAGAACCAAAUGGUGUCUCAGCAACGAUUGGCUCUGGCGCAACGACAAGCGGAAAUGGCGUCGAUAGACGCGAGGAUAGCUCAGCUGCAGGGUCGUCUUCAACGCAAGAGAGCGUUGAACCAACGACUGAGCCAGCAGCUAGGCUCUGGGAAUCGCACGAACGCGAGCACUGGGUUCACAGAGUCGAAGCUGGACUUCAAUGCCGGAGGGAAGUCGAGGCCUGCCGGAAACAUAGCCGCUAUUGAACCGUACUCCCAUAUACCGAACGACAACGAUUUCAAUUUGAACAAAAACGACCCGAAGUAUCAGACACUGCCUUACAACACCAAAUUCACGGUGAAUUUUAAGGCUGCCGAAGAUGACGUUAAUAAGAACAAGAUACAACACUCGGCCAGUGCCUCCCAAUUGGGUCAGAGAGCAGCUUUUCAACAAUUUGGUCAUCAAAUCGCCCAUAGCCAAUCCCAAUCCCAUAUUCAAGGUCAAUCGCAAUUACUUGUGGGCACGAAUCAACACAACCAGAACCUGCCUAAUCAAUCCGUGAACAUGCAACAGACUUGCAACAACAACAACAACAACAACAACAACAAUAACAACAACAACAAUAACAACAAUAACAAUAACAACAGUAACAACAACAACAACAACAACAACAACAAUGCCAAUAGUACGAACAACAACCUGAUCAGCACAUCCCACAACUUCAGUCCCGAGGGUUUGUCGCAAAAUCUUCGGAUCCAUCAUCAACAGCAGUCGCAGACGCAACAGCAGCAACAACAACAACAACAGCAGCAGCAGCAACAACAACAACAACAACAACACGGGAACGUUCAACAGAAGCAACAUAACGUUGGCUCGUCGGCAUCGAAUCUUGGCACCGCCGUAUCCAUUACUCAAACUCAGAAUCACAGAAACCUUCAAACGCAUCAGAAACCAAUAUCGAGCGUGGCGCCAAGUUUCUCCGUCAAGUCUCAAAUCUAUCAGACUUCCUCCACGAAAAUUCAUCCCGUGAUGCCGCAAACUUUGAGCCUGAUAGGCCGUGGACACAAUAACGCGCAAAAUUUCGUCGGUCUGAGCACUCAGAGCGGCAGCCAACAGCAAUCGAACCAAUCCGUUCCCAACGUCAAUCAAACGUCGAGCCAGGACCAGACUUACACGUCGAGGCACAAUUAUCCUGGAAUUACUCAACACCCAACUCAAGCGAAUACUCACUCUGUGUCUUCAUCCUCGGUAUAUCAGACACAGAAUUCUCCUAAUCAACCUUCGUCAACCAUUCACACGUCAUCGAGCGUCGGGACCAGUUUUGGUAAUUCGGUUCAAAGAUACAAUCAGGCUCAACCGUUGACCGGCUCCACGUCCAGCAACGAACAAGGAUCCGAUAAGAUGAAGUUCGAGCAAGGAAAGGUUCAAGAAAAAUUUGAACACGCCCUUCCGGUUAAACACGAACAGCAGAGGUACGAGGCCAAUCAGGUGUUCAAGUAUGAUUCCCAUCAGAUAAAGUAUGACCAGCAUUCCAAGUACGAUCAACACGGGAAAUACGAUCAGACCAAUCAACAAACGAAAUUGUACGAGCAAUCGAGCAAGCACGAACAAAUUGGAAAUCAGACGAAUCGAUACGACAACGUGUCGAAGAUCGACCAAGGAAAGUAUGAAACCGGCCCGAAUAAACACGAACAAAUUCACGGGAGUAAGUACGAUCCUAAUCAGAAUACUCAACAAUAUGGUAAACAACACGAUCAACACGAGGUGAGGCCGUCGAUCAAGUACGAGCACAACGCGGGAUUUAAGCACGAGCAAUCCUCGAACAAGUACGAGAGCGGGGGACAGCAAUUCAAGCAAGAAUCGGUCAAAUUCGAGAACAAUAAAUUCGAGCAAAGUUCCGCGACGAAGCACGAGCACAAUGGGAAAUUUGAGAUCCCCGCGAAAAGUGUGGAAAAAACGUUCGAAUUCGAUAGAUUGAAAAAUGAGAAUGAAAGGAAAAAUAUGAUAGAGGACAAGACGAAACCGGCGCUACCUCCGAAACCGAGCAAACCGAAUCCCCCCCCACGGCUCACCCAUCAUGAAAAGAUGGAGAAUCCGAGCGACGGGAUCGGCGAUUGCAAAAACAAUUUAGGGAUCAAUAGAACAGAGAAAGAAGAAGACGUUCCACCGAUCCCCACGUCCGAACCACCGGAAUCUCCGACAGAAACCCAAUUCGGCAAUCACCAAAUCAUCAAAGCCAGGCCUUUAACAUUGAAGAAGGCACCGAUCUCCGAGCAGCCGAAGCUCCGUUACGCCAAGUCGAAUGUUCACGUGUCGAUAAAUCGACGGAUUGAGAUGCCACCGGCGUUUCUGUUUCCGGAAACCGAGAUUCCAGCGGAUCUGAUGCAAACGGAACAACAGCAACAACAGCAGCAGCAACAACAACAACAAUCGCAACAACCUCAGCAACAAUCGCAAAUCAUCGACACGACGGACAACUGCAAGAAGAGCGUUCCGAUCAUCAAUGAAGAUGUGAUUAGUAACGAGAAAUUGGAGGAAGCGGAUAUCAUUGAUGCGUUGAACGUAAUUAAUAUCGAGGAUAAAGUGAAGGCGAAGGAUUCGGAGAGAAGAACGGAAUUGGAAGUCGAUGGGAAGAGCAACGAGGUGAUGAGAAGAAAGAAAGGGAAUCUAAAGUCCAGCACGGGGAAAGCGAAUCUCUCGAGAAGGGUUUCCUUUGAUCCUCUAGCUCUACUGUUGGACGCCAGUCUCGAAGGUGAAUUGGAAUUAGUGAAGAAGACUGCUAAAGAAGUGGCGAAUCCUAGUUCGGCUAACGAUGAAGGUAUUACCGCGCUUCAUAAUGCCAUUUGUGCCGGUCACCUGGAGAUAGUCAAGUUUCUAGUGGAAUUUGGCUGCGACGUGAACGCUCAGGACAGCGACGGAUGGACGCCCUUACACUGUGCCGCAAGUUGCAACAAUUUAUCCAUGGUAAGAUUUCUAGUGGAGCACGGAGCUUGUAUAUUCGCCACUACUCUCUCCGACCAUGAAACUGCAGCAGAAAAAUGCGAGGAAGACGAGGAGGGUUUCGAUGGCUGCUCGGAAUACUUAUACAGCGUCCAAGAGAAGCUUGGAAUAAUGAACAAUGGUCAAGUAUACGCAGUGUUCGAUUACGAGGCACAACACAGCGACGAGCUCACUCUGAAGAAUGGUGAUUCCUUAGUUGUCCUUCGAAAGGGAGAUGACAACGAGAGAGAAUGGUGGUGGAGCAAACUGGGACACAAAGAAGGCUACGUACCUAGAAACUUACUUGGCUUGUAUCCAAGGGUGCAACCGGCAAAGGUCGACUGAAGCGAGUUUCAGUCAGCGAACUCAUAAUAUCCGAUGAUUCAUUACCACAGUAUUCGAUUCGCAGCUUUAUCUUGUUAAGUAUCAUAGUUGCAUCGUCGCAUUACGGAUCGUUAUAUUAAUUUAAUCGCGUCCCAUUGUCAUCCGAACGAAGCGAACAAAAUAUUCUAUAUAGUUUUUUUAUAUCUUCUUUUCUUUUUUGUAAAACAAAAUGAAUAUUGCUAAUAAGUUCGGAUCAUGGGUGAAUCAUGAACAAACAAAUAUAAAAAAAUAAUUAAAUAAAAAAGCGAAAAAAUGAUAAACUAUAUCCUACACGUAAAUGCGUAAAGUGUUUAAUCGUUCUUUAUUUUUUUUUUUUUUUUUUUUAUUUCUUUUAUCUAUUUCUUUUCUUUCUCUUUUAAAUCAAAAGAUGAUAUAAUUUUGAUUAUAAUUGAUUGAUUUUUAACCAAUUCCUUCAAUUGAAAAAUAAUUGAGUACAAAAAAAAAAUUUCAAUGCUUUUACCCGUGAUUCCACUUUUAGCUCGACGGCCGCAUAGUCAAUAAUUGGAAUAUUUACAUUUUAAUAUCCAUCGUCUAAGUAUUGCGCCGUGAUGAAGAUCAUUUAAAAAGUUUUUUCUUAAAUUCAUCCUAACCAAGUCUCGAUUAAGAACGUCUGAUUGAGAAUAUUUAUAAUUCUUUUCAUUUUCAGUAAACGAAAGCUUUUUUUAUUGUUUAAAAAACAAUUGUAAUUAUUUAAAAAUAGCAAAAAAUAGUAAGUACAUUUUCAUUGAAAAUGUAUGCAUUUUUCAUUUUCACCCGUUUUUUUCGAGACUCGACGAGAGAAAGACAAAACUUUUUGAACGAUUUUCCAAUCUCGUUAAAGAGACAAUUUUUAUUUUACGCAUAUUACCAUAGAACAUAAAACGUUCUAUAUGAACUGCAUAGACAUACUUAAAUGAUUUGUUUCACCUAAAUGUUUUUAUUUAGAUGAAGUCAGAUUAUUGUUGCGUUCAUUGUUAUGUUUUUAUUCGUCUAAUGAAAUUUUCCAAAUCCGAUCAAAAAGAAUUCGGAUUUCGAAAAUAUUCCUAAGAAUUGUGUAUAAUGUAAUCUUGCCAACGCACUUUUUAAAUGAUCCGAAUAUAAGAAAAAAAAUCUUACGCUUGCGAACACGGAAGAGAUAAAAAAAAUUUCGAUGGUCCGAUAUGACCGUAUUCAAUAUUUCUUUUGUCGUUUGAGGCGUAAUACAAAACAAAUGCGAUUCGAGAAUCUCUGAGUAAUCAAUUUAAAACUUGAUACAUUAAACAUAGAUAUUAAUUAAUUAAUUAUUGUCUAGAAAAAUCUAGAAAAAUUCGAACGAUCCGAUUACAAAUAUUCCAAGAUCAUUGUUAUACUGUCUGAAAAGACAGUAAAUGAAUCAAUUCUAGAAAAAAGAAAGAAUUUUAUUCGAUUCUCAGAAUGUUUUUGACAUUUACACGCAUCCACUCCCACAUAAGCACGCGCUCACGCGUGUACACAUACAUACACACACGUAAAUGAAGUAUGUGCCUUUCAGAAGUAAUAAUGGUAUAUUAUGUAAGAAUGCAUGAUAUAUUAUGACGAAUAAAUUGUUUUUAAUAAAAAUCAA